AUGUUUAGAUCGGCGAGGUUCUUGUGCAAAUUGACCCGACCUGGAGCAACUAGGUCGCUUCAACGCCCCAACAUUACCAGGCCUGAGUCGAGGAGAUGGGCCACAUCCACGACUGCACACUCGACGACUGCUGAUCCGGCGGAAGUCGAGGCCAUGCAAUGUUUGGAACAAGGGACGGCGAAAUUGGAGGAAGGCGACGUUCAUGCCGCAAAAGAUCUAUACAGCAGGAGUGUCGAAAUACGACGCAAUGCCUCUUCUCUCUUCAAUCUCGGUGUUACUCAUUAUCACCUGAAGGAAUUCGAUCAAGCAAUCGAGUCGUGGACCGAGUCAAUUACCAUGCAACCAUCCAGUCCUGACGCUCACACGAAUCUUGCGUCGGCAUACAUCAUGUCGCCUGUGUCACGGCCCGACCUCGCACUCAAGCAUCUGCGAAUCGCCGUGUCCUUAUCCCCGGAAGACGCCGAGAUUGCGUUCAAUCUGGCGGCUGUUCUCGAAGCCACGGGCCAUCUGGAAGAAGCACUGGAACAAUAUCAGCGCAGCAAAGACUACGGCGUAGAUAGAGCUGCCAUUCAUAUUCGCAAUGUCGGCGCGAAGAUCUUGGGACGCAAACUGAAGGAAGAAGAAGCAGAGAAAGGAUCACAGUCAUGAUCUCUGUCACCGGUAGAACAGAUUGUCCUCUAUUGUAUUACUCUCUUCCUAGAGCCGAUCUUGAGCUGGGUAUUCCAUCCGACCUUUCAACUGAUGUGUUCCAUUCCGGUUCGGCCAAGGCUGCCAGCGCUGGCCAUCUGUUCAGGCUGCGCGACGGCGCGACACCGUGACCACCAGUAGAAUGGACAAAAUGGCUGCACCAGCCAUGAGUUUCACGUCGAACGACAGUCCCUCCAGAAUCCGGUCAAUAGCAUGGCUGGAAAAGAGAGGAUGACAUACUGAGCGCCGGAUCGGCGACGAAUCCCGCAGUCGACCAAGAAUUGUGGAG